GCGUUGCCAGCGGUGCUGGCGCUCGUCAGCGCCAAGUCGCGACAAGAGUCUACUCGGGCCUUGCCGUUAUUGCCAAGAGACGGGCCAAGUAAUGCUUAGGCCAGACAGACCUGCCGUGUUUCUUGUGUUAUCCAGAUUCUGUCAGGGGUCUAUCCCUAUUGCGGCUCUUAGACGUUGUGCACCCCAGAUUAACUACAGCCGGAUCUCAAGUCGCGGCUGUAGUCCCGAAGACCAAGGGUGUGCUCGAUUCGGUGUGCCAAUCCCUCACCUUCUUAACGCUUGUUCGGUGUCGUCAGUUAGGUUAGCUUUCUAUCGGUGAAAAUGUUGAUAUGCCCUGCGGCCUGAAGAGGUGGAUGUGAACGCCUAGGACGCUUAGUCCAGUUGUCUUAAUAUACCUACGUGACAGACGGGAAGUCAUAUAGGUGUAUAUGC